AUGAUGAGAGGCACUCAGGGCUCUCAUCCCAAGGAUGGGAGGCACCAUACAAAGCUGCCUCCAGGCCUGAGGCACUGCAGCACUGCUAUAAAAGGCAGCCCAGGUCCCUGCCUUCUCAUCCUCUUUCACCUCCUUCUCCUUGGGAACCAGGCGCACAUCCAGACCCAAGCCAUGUCCUGCUGCAAGCCCUGUGAACCCUGCUGCCAGCCCUGUGGCCCAACCCCACUGGCCAACAGCUGCAAUGAGCCCUGCUGCAGGCAGUGUCAGAGCUCCACUGUGGUCAUUGAGCCCUCCCCUGUGGUGGUGACCCUGCCUGGACCCAUCCUCAGCUCCUUCUCUCAGAACACUGUUGUGGGCUCCUCCACCUCUGCUGCUGUUGGCAGCAUCCUUAGCUGUGAGGGAGUGCCCAUCAGCUCCGGGGGCUUUGACCUCUCCUGCAUCACCAACCGCUACUGCUGCAGACCCUGCCGCCCCUGCUAG